CCGCAAUUUGAACUGCAACGCUGUGAUGUGAAGUUAUCGCGAAGCCCUGCAGUGGUCUUCAGACAAAGGUUAUCUUUGAUCCGAUUCCUGCCUGGCAUGUAACAAACCAACAGGAGUAGUAUGCAUCGGAUCCGUCCAUUGGCAUGGCGGGACACUCAUGGCACCGGUCUAUCACGACCCAAAUACAGAGGCUCGACAUGAUGUUAAUGCGCAGCCAGUGCCGGCGCAGCAGGACUAUAUCUACAUCAUCAUUGACGAGGACGUCGAGGUCGAGUUCGAAUCCGAGGUCGAUUGCGAGUGCCAGCGCAACGACGACCCGGGGAAUCUACAGUAGCGUUCACUCGCAUCGUCCCCUAUGGUCGGCGUUGUGGUGGAUAAGGACAACAGACCAAAAGAGUUGGCUCCAGAACUCGUCAUUAUUUCAGUGUUAUAGCACAAAUGCGACGAUGAUGACCGCAACCGCACCCACAACAGCUACGGAAUCCGAGUCGACAUCCGCGUCUACAAACUUGAACCACGAAAAGCCACCGCUAUCCGAGAACGACUCCAAGUCCACGUCCAACUCCGACGACGUUGUCGCGGCCGCCGACAACAGCAUCCCCAGCAACACCACCAACGACAAGUCCAAGCACAAAUCGACAACCAAAGAAAAACGCAAAGCCAAACAACUUCCCCCCCGUCCAACCCUACCCGACUCCGAAAUCCACCACGUCUACCUCAAAGGCACGGGGCCAGGCGGCCAAAAGAUCAACAAGACGAAUUCCGCGGCGCAACUGACCCACCUGCCUACUGGGAUCGUGGUAAAAUGUCAAGCGACGCGGAGUCGGGCUCAGAACCAUGAGAUUGCGAAACGGUUGUUAGCGGAAAAAGUUGAGUUACUCCAAAAAGGGGAUGAGAGUAGGGCGAAGAAGGUUGAGGAGAGGAAGAGUAAGAGGAAGAAAUCGGCGGAUAAGAAGAAGAGGAGGAAGUAUCGGAGAUUAGAGGAGGAGGAACAAUCACAAGGGGAAUAUGAUGGUGGAAAUCAUGGGCAUGAGGAUUAUGAUGGGAAACGUGAGGAUUAUGACGGUGAUGGUGGCCCCGGAAGAUGAUGGGAGAUGAGCUCGGGAGAAUGAGCAAGCACCUUGAAAGAGCCUUGUUCCCUUUGGUUUCGAACCUUUCGCUGUCGUUCUCAUCGAGGAAGAUGAGGUCGAUUCGAGUCAUGCACAGCACACCAGGACGAGGAGUCAGAGUCCAAUUACUAACCGUGGAUGUGAACGUGCACAUCCAUCUGCAACUGAGACUGAAACUGAAUGUCAGCUCACACUCAGCCUGAAGCUGAACUCGGCGGCCGCGACGGUACAAUACGGUACGCCACCGGUUCCAGAAACAAAGAAGGACAACAACAACGACAACGACAACGACAACAGGUUACACAACACGGCUGAAACACCUACUAUAUACUGGUAGGGCACUACCCCCUGGGCUACUAUUGAGUCCCUACCUACAUACCUACAUCCUUACCGACCUGCACCGUAAGGGCACCGGCACGGCACGGGCGAUGAUUGGAAUGAUACCUACCUACCAGGUAUCUGAUGUAUGGAUGCUAAAAGAGUGGCGAUCGAUCGAGCUUGGAAGACUACUACCUCCUACUACUACUGUACCUACUAGCUGGUACUACCUACCUAGGUGCCCUUGUACUUACACUUAUCUUUACAGAACCUUACCACCUACCUACUUACCUGUAGGUACGCUUGGGCCCUCGCCGUUCAAGUUGUGAGGAAGAUUGCACUGCCCACCUCAAUGCCAGAUCAGAUCAUAAAUCAAGCCAACACAACCCGACCCAGUCCACUGCAGGCUGAUUCAAUCCAAUCCAACCCAAUCCAACCGUCGCCAAGAGGACAAAGGAUGCCGGAAUAGAGUGAAGGGAAGGUUGUCUGGUUGUCUUACUCCUUGCUAUCAUUCAAGUUGCAGAUCACUGGUAUGACAUGUCUAUAUCAUUGCAUCCCUGCUUGGGUAUCGAUCUUGCUGUUCCAGAUACUCUUGUCGAAUUGCGACCAAGUCCUUGACUCCAGGAGGACCGUGUAGAACCAGAAACAAAAACAGGAUCAGACAUUCUGAUCUUCUUUAGGCCUGUUUUAGAUACAUCUGUACAAUAGACCAAAAGGAAAAACUGUAAAACCAAGUCCAUAUGUCAAUGACCAACAGUCAUGACCGAUGUCCUAUGACUCUUUAGCC